GGAGCCGAGAGGACGACAUGUUGAGGAGCCGCCUAGCGUUGCUUCUGCUGGGCGCCGGCUUCUUUGUGCAUCUUGAUUGUCAAACAUUUUUACAUAUCACUUACCCACGUAAGAUAACAGCCAAUCUAACGGAAGAUGAGGAAGCAGAAGAUAAGAGUACAGUAUCCUAUACAAUUACUAUAGAAGAGAAGAUAUACACAGUGCAUCUGAAGCAACAAACUUUUUUGCCUGAUGACUUCAUGGUUUAUACAUAUAAGAAAGGGGGGGUUGUGCAUCCUAUUUUCCCGUAUAUUAAGAGUGAUUGCUUCUAUCAAGGAUAUAUCGAAGGGUUUCCUAACUCUCUUGUAAUACUCAGCACCUGUUCUGGGCUCAGAGGGCUGCUGCAGUUUGAGAACAUCAGCUAUGGAAUUGAACAUUUGGAGUCCUCCACUCAGUUUGAACAUCUUGUUUUUCAAAUAAAUAACAAAGAUCUCAAGGGUUCAGUGUUGUUAGAUGAUUUCAUACCUAUAACAGGAGAAGAGGAAAAUAGAGACAUCUCUCAUACGCUGCUUUCAGAUGCUGUACCCCUGCAAGAAAUCACUGAAGUUCAUAGAUAUGUGGAAAUGUAUAUUGUUUUGGACAAGACUUUGUACAACUACUUUGGUGGAAAUGAAGAUGUCGUAACCCAGAAAGUAGUCCAGCUCAUGGGCAUUCUCAACAGUAUUUUUACCAGACUUAAUGUGACAAUUGUAUUGUCUUCCUUGGAGUUCUGGACAGAUCGUAAUAAAAUCUCUACUUCAGGAGAGGUGGAUGUAUUAUUGCAAAGGUUUUUAAACUGGAAAAAUUCAUACCUUGUUCUAAGGCCACAUGAUACAGCAUUUUUAUUUGCUUACAGGGAGAAGCCUAACUAUGCAGGAUCAACAUUCUUGGGAAAGCUGUGCCUGCGGAACUAUGGUGCAGGAGUUGCUCUGUACCAAAAGUUUGUAAACUUGGAGAUAUUUUCAGUUAUCAUUGCACAACUGCUUAGCCUGAGCCUGGGAAUAAGCUAUGAUGAUAACAAGAAUUGCCAGUGUCCAGGACCUGUCUGCAUCAUGAAUACUGAAGCAGUACAUUCAAGUGGAAUUAAAGUCUUUAGUAGCUGCAGCAUUGAAGACUUUCAACAUUUCAUUAAACACAAGGGUGGCAAUUGCCUUUCUAAUAGGCCACAUUUACAGCACUAUAAGAAGAGAAGUGCAAAGAAUUUUUCAUUUUGUGGGAAUCGUAUUAUAGAAGCUGGAGAAAACUGUGAUUGUGGUUCACCCGAGGAAUGUAAGAAGAGCACAUGUUGCACCAGUAAUUGUAAAUUGCAAGCCGGAGCUGUAUGCAGUAGUGAAGCAUGCUGCCAAAACUGCAAGUAUACGCCAAGCAACACAGUAUGUAGAAAGGCAAUGGAUCGUGCUUGUGAUUUGCCGGAGUACUGCAAUGGGACUUCUGCAUCCUGCCCAUCUGAUGUUUAUGUCCAGAAUGGACAUGCAUGUGGUGGCAACACUGGUUUCUGUUAUCGAGGAGCUUGUCAGUCGGCUGAUCUACGCUGUCGAGAACUCUUUGGUCCAAGUGCAAGAAAUGCUCCAAAUGCAUGUUAUGAAGAAAUUAACCGUCAAACAGACAGGUUCGGUCACUGUGGAAUUGAUCCAUUUGACGGUUAUAAGUCUUGUUCUUUUCAGGAUUUCAGAUGUGGAAAGUUAAUUUGCCAGUAUCCAAACAAUGUUCCUUUUGCUAAAAUGAAAGUACCUGUCCUGUAUACUCCAGUGAAAAAUAUUAUUUGCGCGUCUCUGGACAUGAAACAGUCAGAAACUUUGCCAGACCCUCUGCUGUUAAAAGACGGUACAAAAUGUGGACCUUCUAAAGUUUGUAUCAAUCAAGUGUGUGAAAACUAUGAAAUCCUGAAAUAUGAUUGUGAUCCUAAAGAGAAGUGCUCUGGACAUGGGAUCUGCAACAACAAGAAAAACUGCCAUUGUGAUCCCGGAUGGGCACCUCCAAAUUGUAACAAGAAAGGAAGCCACCUGGGAGGAAGCGUUGACUGUGGCAUUCACAUUUUGGCAAGUGAGAUCACUGGAAGACGCAUGCCAGUCAGUACAAAGUCGUGGAUUCUGCUAAGCUUAUUUUUCUUUCUGCCGGUUGUUGUUGGGUCAGCCAUUCUGCUUUUCAAGGGGAAAAGAAACUGUGAUUAUAUUGCAGAAGAGGGUGACUCACAAGACUAUCAACCAGAAGAUAGCAGCAUAUCUGGCAAAGAAAGUAUGUCAGCAGCAGCGAAUGCACAUUCCUAAUGGAGCCAGACCUGGCUGGGACUCUUGCAGUGCAGGGAAGAAAAACAAGACAAGGAGAUCGCUGUCCACUGUUGUGCUACAGUUUGCCUCACCAUUGCUUAAUAAAUGCCUGCAU